AUGGCUAACAUCAUCAUCCAAAACGUUCGACGACAACACGCCAGUGCUAAUACUGUUUACCAUGCUUUGUAUGGACAUUUUUUCUUGGGAAUGUCUAAGAAAAGAUUGGCAGAAAUUUAUGGCAAGGCACCGUCGACGAUAACCGAGUGGUUUACUAAAUUCGACCAAACCGGAGCUGUUAGCCGGAAGAAGCGGGCCCAGGUUUACAAAAAGUUUGGAGUGGAAAUGCGGACAUGGUUGGUUGAGCUUUACAAUCGAUAUCCGAUUCUGUUUCUUGAUGAAGCUCAGUCAAUGUUCCAACGAAAGUUCAAAAUUUCGAUCAGUGUGUCUUCCGUUUGGGCCGUAUUGCACGAAGCUGGAAUGUCCUGGAAGACCAUAGAACGCCGGGCGAUCCAGAUACGUGAAGAUGAAAUUGUCCGGUACGUCCUCGAGCUGCUUUCAAUUCCGUGGGACCUGUUCAACCUGGUGUUUUUGGAUGAGGUCAGCUUCGAUAAUCGUGACAUGCUGCGGACCAAAGGCUACGGCGUCGUUGGACAAAAGGUCAUCUUUCGAGGAGAGUUCUGCCGCAAACCUCGGCACGCCAUGGCGGAAGGUAAUUAUUAUUGAAAUUGAAUGUACCUAAAAUGUUUUUUCGUGGAAAGGUAGCUCAGGGGGUCCCUUUUCGAUAUCUGUGACCUAGAAAAUAUUUCACCUAGGGAUUUUCGAUUUUUUGUCAUUUUCAGUUUUUCAACUGUAUAAAUGGAGGCGCACGGUACUUUUGGUUACUUUGCGGUUGCACAGCACCUCCCAAAUGCUUUUAAUUGCAAUGGAUACUGAUCAAAGGGGUCGUCCAUGAAAUA